AUGAUUGCGGGCAAAGUCCUGCAAGGCUUUUCGGCAGCGCUCCCAACAUGGGAGCCGACCUACCGCAUGCAGAAAGGGAAGGCCGGUUCAAACUUUGACACUGCACGAAUCCCAUCAUACUGUGACCGUGUGCUUCACCGAAGCAUGCCGGGCUGCUCAGAGCUCUUGCAGCUUCUGCGCUUCGACUCUGCGCCAGAAGUGGCCAGUUCAGAUCACAAACCUAUUGCUGCGGAUUGGCUCCUUGCAGCAUCUCCCUUGGAGGAAAUCAGCAGACGGCAUUUGCAGCUGUGCCUAGAGCAGCUGGUGACAAGAUUUCGUGGUGACGUGCAACCAGUGCUGAAGUGCACGACGUUCCCCGAGAUUCUGGAGACACAGGCAAGGCCAGAGGGAUGA